CAAUAAUUAUUGGUAUUUGGUUUCAAAGUUCAGAUUCUCUCUCUUCAAAGCCGAAAGAACAAAAGUCUCCAUUGAAAAGAAUCAACCGUUUGUUCAUCAAAAUCUCAGCUCCCUCCUUGAAUCCUUUCAGCUUCUUCUAAAACCUUCUUCCUCCUUUCGCUUCUCACCAGAUCUGUUUUUCUACCAUGAAGAACACGAGGAGGAGGAAGAAGAAAUCUUCGCCGAAGAAGCUCGACGAGAAGAAGAAGGAACCUCUUCAAUCCGAAGAAGAGGAACAGCCACAAGAACCAGAGGGCAACCAGAUCACCGUUUUGGACGAUCUCGUUAACUCUUUCAAUUUAUCAUCCAUGGAGGAAGAUCCCGAAAGGGCUUCGGAGAUCUUAAGGAAGAAGGGUUUGGUGUAUGAUCCUUCUUCGGUGUGCUCUUCAUCAACUUCGUCUUCGUCCUCCGGUGGCGGUGGUGGUGUUUCCGAUUUGGGUUCAACUUACGGUUCCUCCGAAGGUUUUGUGGAUGUAGGUUAUGGUGAAGAUGUGGGGUGCUUCAAGGGAAAUAGUAGACAGAAGAAGAAGGUGAUUGCGGCUACUGGAACGGUUUCGACGGUUAUAGGGAAGGAAUAUGUGAGGAGGAACAAAAAUAAGAACAAAGGGUUUGAGAAUAACGGUGUUGUUGAUAAGGACAAGGCAGAACAGUUCCUUUGUUCAAUGCUUGGGAAUGAUUCUGACCUUAACUUAGGUGUUGUUAGGGAUGUUUUCUCAUUUUGCCCACUUGCAGGUCAAUGUGGAUAUGAUAUUGAAAAGGCAUUGGAUGUAUUGCUUGAUUUAACUGCAUCCAUGAAUGAGCAACCGAGGAAUGACAAUGACAAUGACAAUAUUUAUGACAUGAGGUUCCUUGUUGGCCACAAGGACAAUUUGAUAGAUAGGAGAUCAGAGUGCACAUCUCUUUCAUCAGAAAGUGAAGUUUCUGAUCAAUUUUGGUCUCUGGGAUCUUUUAACAGGAAUUAUGCGGACGCCCUCACUAGUUCUAAAGCUAAUUCUCAUAUUAGCCCAGGAAUUACAAAGUCAGAACUUCCUCAAAAGGUGUUGGAGUCGUUAUUUAACAUUCCCAAAAGCUCUGAACAUGACAAAGGCACCAUGAAUUGGAGAAAUGUAGUAAAGAAAAUGCAGUCUUUGGGACCUGAGUUUGAUGUUUCUCCACAUGUUUCAGAAUCUCAGCAACCUACUUUUGCUAAAGGGGCUGAAUAUCAUGUGUUUAGAGAAGGUGCAAAGCAGCAUUGGGAUUCUGUGAAAUCUUAUUUUCAGAAAGCUUCAACAGCAUAUGCCAAAGGAGAUCGAUCAUAUGCUGCAUAUCUUUCUGACCAGGGUAAAGAACAAACUAAAAUAGCUCAGAAAGCAGAUACUAAGGCAAGCCAUGACAUAUUUAUAGCUAGAAACAAGGGUAUAGAGAAUGUUAUAACUAUUGAUUUGCAUGGGCAGCACGUGAAACCGGCAAUGAGAAUGCUGAAACUUCACCUUCUGUUUGGAUCAUACGUUCCUUCUGUACAAACACUAAGGGUUAUCACGGGGUGUGGAUCGCAUGGUGUUGGAAAGUCGAAGCUGAAACAAUCAGUAUGUUUGUCCAUCUGUUUCUAUCCAAUCUUAAACAAAGUGGUACAUGUCGGAUUAAAUUUACCAUCUCAGUUGCAGCUUGUGAGAAACAUGAUUUUGGGUUGUAAACCUUUUACACAAGGAGAGAAUGGAAUGGUGUGAAGAGAACCGUGGAACUUUGUUGAUUAAACUUAACGGUUGGAGAGAGUUUAGCUUUCUGGACACUGACAGUGAUAGCGAUAGCAAUUAAUUUUCAGCAUGGUUGCAUAAGCUUUAAAGCUUUUAACCGCAGAGGCUUAUCGUCAACUUUUACUUUGUACCAAUAUUAGGUAAGUACAGUGGCAAACAAAAAUUAAGUAAACUAUAGAUGUGCAUUGACAUGUACAUUAUUGUUAUUAGGUGUCCCAUAGUUUGCGAGGGCAUAGAGAUUCUUGGCAUGUUUAGUGUUAUAUAAUGACGCAGGACAUGUAGCUCGAAAAUUCUAAGUUGAGCCAGAAUUACAUUUCCAGAGUAGGCUAAUGACCUCAGAUGCUAUCACUGCUGUACAUAUUAAUAUGCAAAGAUAAUGUUUAAUGUUCAUGUUUCUAGAACAAUUGUGCUAUGGUUGUUGCAUUAAGAUCAAAUGCAAUGUCAUGGUUUUUCAUUUU